AUGACCGCACCGAGAAAGCGAAAGCAGUCCUCGUCUUCCUCUUCUUCAGAGAAACGAGCCAGGAAAAGUUCAUCCCCCAAGCCAGCGCGGGGCGUUCGGCGAGUUAGCGUCACCCCGUCGCCAUCGCCAGAGCCUCCUCCACGAUUCAUCAAUCGGCCCGUUGAAAGCAAGCGCCUCUCCGAGUCGCCCGUCAGGCGCUCACCUGAGCGGGCCUCGAAGGGGAAGGGGAAAGGCGAGGUUGACACCUGGCGGGCAGAGUUCGAAGAGGCAUGGCUUCUGGAUCGGACAGCAAUGAGGAGCAAAGCUUUCUUCUCGUUCCUGACAAUGUACCCUCGCUCUCCUUCGCCGCAGCGGGAGACGCAGCCAGAAGCAGAGGCACCGGCUCAGAUGACAAAGGAGGAGCACAAACGAAAUGACCGGUUCCAAGACAACAUCAAGAAGGCAAUGAAGACGGAAUCCAAGGAGCUGAAGAAGAUAGAGAAGGAGAAAGAGAAGGAGACAAAAGGUACGGAGGACAAGGACGAGAAGAAGGAAAAGAAAGAGAAAAAGGACAAGACGAAGAAGGACAAGAAAGCAGGAAAGGAGGAGAUGGAGGAAGUUGACGAUAAGCAGAGCAAGAAGACGAAGAAAGAGAAGAAGGAAGCGGAAAAGAAGGAGGAGAAGGAGGAGGCAAAGGACGAGAAGGUCAAGAAGGAAAAAGAAAAAAGCAAAGGCAAGGAGAAGAAGGAGAAGAAAAAGAAAAAGAAAGAGUCCUCAUCGGAGUCGUCGCCCUCAAGCGACGAGGAUGACGACAGCAGCUCUGGAGAGACUGUCAUGGAGGAGCAGGUGGAGUGGGUGGAAAUUCGUCCCAGCACUGCUGGUGAUUCCAAGUACGCGGCAGGUUACAACUACGACUCCGAGGAUGAAGGCUUUGGACCCAUGCCAGCGACGCAGCAGGAGCUGAUCAACAACAUGUCCCAGAGCAAGGGCUCCUAUGGAGGCUACUUGCUCCCGGGUGAGGGAGACGCCAUGGCCGAGUACGUGAAGAGCGGUAUGCGUAUCCCACGACGAGGAGAGGUCGGCAUCACUGCCGAUGAUAUCGAGAACCUGGAAGACCUGGGCUAUGUCAUGAGUGGCUCAAGGCACCGGCGCAUGAAUGCGGUGCGUAUCCGAAAGGAGAACCAGGUCUACUCCGCAGAGGAGAAGCGAGCCCUUGCCAUGUACAACUUCGAAGAGAAGGCCAACCGCGAGGCGACCUUGGUCGGCGAGUUGCGGGAACUCCUGGAGAAGCGGCAGAAGGCGAUUGCAUCCGCCGUCGGGGACGGCUUGACGCUGGACCAGAAGUUCAGCUCGACGGGCGAGCAGAAGAAGUUCAUCUGA